UUUUAUUAUGGAUCCAGUUGAUCCAGUAUUGGAGUUACCGAUACCCUUGGAACCUUUAUCUAGAGCAAUUCCAGGACUUCGAGGGAGAUCAACAGUGUACAUUGAUGAAAGUGGAUAUGUUUACUAUCAACAUUCAAUUAGGGGAAGUAUUCGAUAUUUGAAAUGUGAAAAUCAUCGUUAUGGAUGUCCAGUAUCUGCAAAAAUGUCAACAAUUGAAGGAGCACAAAUUAUAAUUUCUGAACGUCAUGUUCAUAGUCACGAACCAGCACCUCAAUAUGCAGUGGCGUUGCAAGGCUAUGUUAACAGUUUAAGAGAGAGAGCUAUUAGGGAGAAUAUUAUUCCACACAAUAUUGUUGACCAGGAAGUGCAUUUAUUCCCUGAAGCAGCGAUGUAUAAAGGUCGUCCAGCUGCUCUUAGGGCUAUUGCAGGAGCUAGGCAUCGGAACAAUCCUCCUAUUCCAGAUUCUUUAGCAGACUGGAUAAAUAUUUUGAAUUCUAAUGAAUGGGACCCAAGAUUGCGAUAUGUUAAUGGAUCAAUGACUCCUUUCUACCAAGGCCCCUUGGAGUUAUUAAGGGAUGAUGAAAGUACACACUUUGUAGGACUCGUGUUUACCAACAAUACUUUCAUGCAGGAAUUGAAUGCACACCUCGAAGGAGUACGAACAAUGUGUAUGGACGGAACUUUUCAAAUAAGACCACGGCAACCAGCUGACAUAGAACAGUUGUUUACAGUACAAAUUAUUUUUAAUAAUGUGGCAAUUCCAAUUAUACAUGCCCUACUAGUUGAUUGCCAAACCAAGUCCUACAUGCGGGUACUCCAAUUUCUAAGGUAUGAUUUGCAGUUGAACAUAAAUUAUGAAAAUCUGCAGGUCAUGACUGAUUUUGAACAGGGCCUAAGAAAUGCCAUAAGUAGAGUACUCCCAGAAGCCAACAAUUCUGGCUGUUGGUUUCACUAUAUUCAAAGCAUUAUACGUUAUGUUCGAAGUCAUCAUCUAAUGCCGUUAUGCAGAGAAAAUGAAAAUGCAAGGCGAAUUCUGCGAAUGUUCAUCUAUCAGCAGUUGUCAUACAACAUCAUGGCAAUUCUUUCUCUAUCCACUUAGGCUUUAGACUAAUUCAAGAUCUAGUUACCAGCUAUAAUUUAGUGAUAGAACUGGAACCUCUAAUGCAAUACUAUGAGCGAUUCUGGAUGGAUACAGUGACUCCGCAGAGGAUUAGAGUAUUUGGACUCGCACACAGAACCAAUAAUUUUAUAGUCUUAUCAUGCGUCCCUCCUCCCAUUAAUGGGC